GCGCCCCUCCGGCGGUCCGACGGCGACGACGCCCGCACCGGGGGCGGCCCGUCGCCGAGGAGGGGCGCCGUGGUGUACGACAUCGGCUCCGACAACGACGACCCCUUGGAGAUGGAGUUGGAGCCCGACUCCGACGCAGAGGCGGACGCGCCCCCGCCGCCGCCAAACUUGGUCUACAUCGAGCGCGUGGCCGAGCUCGAGCAGCGCAGCGACGGGCUGCGCCGCGAGCUGGCCGCGGCGCACGAGGACGAGAGGGCGCUCAGAGCUGGGAUCCACGACAAGAACCAGUUGGUGGCGCACCUCGCUCGGAAGGCCGAGCUCUCUGGCAACAGGUCCGCUGCCGCCCACGCUGGCGACGCUCCAGCGCGCGGAGGUGGGAGAAGCCGCGAGGAGAGCACCGCCGAACUGGAGAACGCGUCCUCGCGGAAGCGACGGAGGAGAACGUCCGGCUCAGAAAUGACAUCCAGGACGGGUGCUCGCGGGCGAGUUCCGACAGGCCUUGUCGAGAGAGCGGUGAUGCCCGCCCCCCGGCCGCGCGCCCCGCGCGGCGCUGGCACACGCCCAAUCCGCGGCCGCUCGAUCUCCUCCUCCUCCUCCUCGUCCUCCUCGUCCGAUGUUGGGCUUGAAGCUGGCCUUUGGAGUUACUACAUACGCACCGUCUCUCUGCAUCGACCGCUGCGGGGAGACAUUCGGAUCGCAGGCGCCAUGUGAAGACGAUAGCGACAAUGCUGGCGUGCGCGGCG